UGGGAGCGGGCGGCGGAGCCGGAGCGAUGAAGUCUCGCUUCAGCACCAUCGAUAUCCGAGCGGUGCUCGCUGAGCUCCGGCAGAGCUUAUUGGGCAUGAGAGUAAACAAUGUUUAUGAUGUGGAUAAUAAGACCUAUCUCAUCCGCCUUCAAAAACCAGACUGCAAGGCCACACUGCUGCUGGAAUCUGGUAUACGCAUUCACACGACUGAGUUCGAAUGGCCAAAAAACAUGAUGCCAUCCAGCUUUGCAAUGAAGUGUCGUAAGCACUUAAAGACCAGGAGACUGGUCAGUGUGAAGCAGCUGGGUAUAGACAGGAUCGUGGACUUCCAGUUUGGGAGCGACGAAGCUGCUUAUCACCUGAUCGUUGAGCUGUAUGACAGGGGUAACAUUGUCCUGACAGACCACGAGUACAUCAUUUUAAACAUCCUGAGGUUCCGCACAGAUGAAGCAGACGAUGUCAGGUUUGCGGUUCGGGAACGAUACCCAGUGGACAGUGCAAAAGCUCCUGCACCUCUGCCAACUCUGGAAAGGUUAGCUGAAAUAAUCUCCAGUGCACCCAAAGAGGAACAGCUGAAGAGGGUUCUUAACCCACAUCUUCCUUAUGGAGCCACUCUCAUUGAGCAUUGCCUUCUAGAAGUUGGAUUUUCUGGUGCUGUCAAAAUAAAUCAGCAUAUGGAAAGUGAAGAAAAUAUUGGAAAAGUGCUCACUGCUUUAGAGAAAGCUGAAGAAUAUAUGGCACUGACUGACAACUUCAGUGGGAAGGGCUACAUUAUCCAGAAAAAGGAGAAAAAGCCAAGUCUGGAACCAGAUAAACCAGCAGAAGAUAUCUACACAUAUGAGGAAUUUCAUCCUUUCUUGUUUUCUCAACAUUCAAAAUGUCCCUACUUGGAAUUUGACUCAUUCAAUAAGGCAGCAGAUGAGUUCUACUCCAAGCUGGAGGGACAGAAAAUUGAUCUGAAAGCGUUGCAGCAGGAAAAGCAAGCCUUGAAGAAGCUUGAAAAUGUCCGUCGGGAUCAUGAGCACAGACUAGAAGCUCUCCAGCAAGCUCAGGAAGCUGAUAAGAUAAAAGGAGAACUGAUUGAAAUGAACUUGGAGAUCGUUGACCGAGCCAUCCAGGUGGUCCGCAGUGCAUUGGCCAACCAGAUAGACUGGACAGAAAUUGGAGCCAUUGUCAAAGAGGCUCAAGCCCAGGGAGACCCUGUUGCAAGUGCAAUCAAAGAGUUAAAGCUUCAGACAAAUCAUAUCACAAUGCUGCUGAGGAACCCAUAUGUGCUAUCUGAAGAAGAGGAGGAGGAGGAUGCUGCUGAUGUAGAGAAAGAAGAACCAGAAGAACCAAAGGGAAAAAAGAAAAAGAACAAAACCAAACAGCUGAAGAAACCUCAGAAGAACAAACCGUCGCUGGUUGACGUCGAUCUCAGUCUGUCUGCUUACGCCAAUGCCAAGAAGUACUAUGAUCACAAGAGACAUGCAGCUAAGAAAACACAGAAGACAGUUGAAGCUGCAGAAAAGGCCUUCAAAUCAGCAGAGAAGAAGACAAAGCAGACAUUGAGGGAAGUUCAGACAGUCUCCACCAUUCAGAAGGCCAGGAAGGUCUAUUGGUUUGAGAAGUUCCUGUGGUUCAUUAGCUCAGAGAAUUACCUGAUUAUUGCUGGGAGAGAUCAACAGCAGAACGAGCUGAUUGUGAAGCGCUAUCUAAAACCAGGGGACAUCUAUGUGCAUGCUGAUCUCCAUGGAGCCACAAGCUGUGUGAUCAAGAACCCAUCAGGUGAACCCAUCCCUCCACGAACCCUGACAGAAGCAGGCACCAUGGCUUUGUGCUACAGCGCUGCCUGGGACGCCCGCGUUGUCACCAGUGCUUGGUGGGUCUCCCACAACCAGGUUUCUAAAACUGCACCUACAGGAGAAUACCUCACUACUGGGAGUUUCAUGAUUCGAGGGAAGAAGAAUUUCCUUCCACCUUCUUAUCUGAUGAUGGGCUUUAGCUUCUUGUUCAAGGUGGAUGAAAGCUGUGUUUGGAGACACCGAGAAGAAAGGAAGAUCAAAGUGCAGGAUGAGGAUCUAGAGACUGUUUCCAGCAGUGCCAGUGAACUGGUGGCUGAAGAAGUGGAGCUCUUAGAUGGAGGAGACAGCAGCAAUGAAGAUGAAAAAACAGAGUGUCAGGAGGCACCAGAGGAUGUGGAAGCUGUGCCUGAGAGUAAUCACGAUGAGGAUGUUGCUGAUCUUGACCAGGAUGGGGUAAACACACCCCUUGCUCCAGAGGGUGACUCUGAAGAGGAGGAUGGAGAAUCCAAAGUGGAGCACCCAGAGUCAAAGAGUGAAGUGAAGGAGGAAGAGGUGAAUUACCCAGACACAGCCAUUGACCUGUCACAUCUUCAGUCUCAAAGAUCCCUGCAAAAAAUCAUCCCCAAAGAGGAAGAGCCCAACUUGAGUGACAGCAAAUCCCAGGGGCGAAGGCAUCUGUCUGCCAAGGAGAGGAGAGAAAUGAAGAAAAAGAAGCAACAAAGCGACUCUGAGAACUUGGAGCCUCCUGAAGAGAAGCAGAAAGAGAUAGAAACACAAACUCCCUCUGCUCCCAGCAGCAACAAGGGUGUGCCAGCCUCUCAGCCCAUCAAGAGGGGCCAGAAGAGUAAAAUGAAGAAGAUGAAAGAGAAGUACAAGGACCAGGACGAGGAGGACCGGGAGCUCAUCAUGAAGCUGCUAGGGUCUGCAGGGACAAACAAGGAGGAGAAAGGGAAAAAAGGGAAAAAGGGGAAGACAAAAGAAGAAGAAAAAAAGCAACAGCAGAAAACCAAGGCCGUGCAUCGUGGUGCUGGACGAGGAAAGGAGAUGCUCCCAGCAGGAGUCCUGCUGCACGAUUCACAGGACCCAGACCUGGAGGAGCAGCAAGAUGAGAAGGAGGAGCAAGACCAGGAUCAGCCAGGAGUGGAGGAAGCUGAGGCCUUGCUGGACUCCCUGACAGGCCAGCCACACCCCGAGGACAUCCUGCUCUUCGCUGUCCCCAUCUGUGCUCCCUACACAGCGAUGACCAACUACAAGUACAAAGUCAAGCUCACUCCAGGCACCCAGAAGAAGGGAAAAGCCGCCAAGAUCGCCUUGCACAAUUUCAUGCAGUCCAAAGAAGCCAGUGCAAGAGAAAAGGACCUGUUCCGCAGCGUGAAGGACACAGAUUUGUCAAGAAAUAUUCCUGGAAAAGUGAAAGUGAGUGCACCUCACCUCCUCAACAGGAAAAAGAAGUGAGCCUGGAACUGGACUUCUCACCAGCACACUGCUGCUGCAGUCAGAAUCCAGCAGAUGGGACAAACGGACAGCCCUGGACUGAACUUGGGUUCCAUGGGAACACCAUGGGUCAGACAGACCCCCAACAGCUCCAAACAAUUAACAUAAAAGCACCCAGUAAAGCUCUGGCCUUUGGCCAGUGAGCUGA